UGGACUAGGGAGAAGAACGCAAGGUGAACGACGGAGGGAGAUUUGAGGAUUUAAAAAAUAUAUAAUUUACUUUGUUGAAUUGUUUAUUUGGUUUCUUGCAAAAUGGAAGAUUUGGACAAAGACAUACGAUCCACUGCGAGAGGUUUUCAUUGCAUCCUAUGCAAUGUGAAUGUACCCAAUAAGGCCAGUCUGGAUGCCCAUGUGAAAGGGCGAAAGCAUGUGAAGCUGAGCACAGUGCGGGCGACUCGGAAGGCUCAGGUGGAGAACAGUGUGUUUGUCAGUGGGAUCAAACCGGAUACAGCUCAAGCUGACCUUGUAGACUACUUCCAAAGGUUUGGACCAGUGUCAGAGGUCAUCAUGGACAAAGACAAGGGUGUGUACGCUAUUGUGGAAUUCAGUGAGAAUGACAGUCUGCAGGCCACGCUGUCCCGGUUAGAGCACGACAUGAACGGUCUGAAGCUGCGGGUGAAACCCAGGGAGAACAAGGAGUUCAAACUGAUCCCUAAAAAGAGGCAGGAUUCCAAGAACCUGCAGCAGAUACUGGAGCGGCUCACCAAAGAGCUCUGCCAGACUGCUUCGGUGAAUGAACAGAUGCAGAGUGUGGUGGAGCGAUUCCAGUUGGGGGAGAAUGAGAAAAAGGCCAGAGAGUUACUAGUGCAACUGCUCCAGGAGGUGUUUACAGAGUUCUUCCCAGAUAGUCAGAUCCUGGCCUUCGGUUCCUCCGUCAACACAUUUGACAUCCACUCCUGUGACUUGGAUCUGUUCCUGGACCUGGACAACACCAAGGUGUUCCAAGCUCGGGCCAAGAAUUCUUCUGAACAGGCAGGGGAAGGCCCAUCGGACGACACCCGCUCUGAGGACUCCAUCCUGUCCGACAUCGACCUUUCCACUGCCUCGCCGGCUGAAGUGCUAGAGCUGGUGGCGGCCAUCUUGAGAAAGUGCGUCCCUGGGGUGCACAAGGUCAUGCCGGUCAGUGGCGCUCGCCUCCCUGUGGUUAAGUUCAUCCACAAGGAGCUCAACCUCCAGGGGGACGUGACCAUCAAUAAUAGACUGGCGGUGAGGAACACCCGUUUCCUGCAGCUGUGCUCAGGGCUGGACUCCAGGCUGCGCCCUCUGGUCUACACCGUCCGCUACUGGGCUAAACAGAAGCAGCUGGCUGGUAACCCCAGCGGUGCUGGACCCUUGCUGAAUAACUAUGCUCUGACACUGCUGGUGAUCUUCUAUCUGCAGAAGUGUGACCCUCCUGUUCUCCCCACGUUGGACCAGCUGAAGGACAUGGCCUGUGAGGAGGAAGAGUGCGUGAUCGAAGGCUGGAACUGCACCUUCCCCAGUCAGCCCAUUGCUGUGCCCCCCAGCAAGAACACCCAGGAUCUGUGUGCCCUGCUGUCAGGCUUCUUCUCCUUCUAUGCCCAGUUUGACUUUGCCAGCUCUAUCAUCUCCAUCAGGGAGGGCUGCUCUCUCCCUGUCACCAGCUUUCUUAGCCGAGACAAGGUAAAGGGGGAAGGGGAGGCCAUGGAGCAGGAGAGGUCCUCAGGCCCCAAGCUGGGCCCCCUCAAUGUGCUGGACCCCUUCGAGCUGCACCACAAUGUUGCGGGCAACCUGACUGAGCGCAGCCAGAGGAGCUUUCAAAGGGAGUGCCAGGAGGCAGAGAAGUACUGCCGCAGCCUGCAGUACAUGCGCAAGUCCACCAAAGGUAAGGUGUGGGGCCUGGUGCGCCUUUUCACCCCCCGGGACGAGGGCCCUCACCACCACAAGGGGGCUGAGGGGGCAGAGCGGGAACUAGCCAUCAGCAUCCCCUUCAAGGCGGCGUCGCUCCCCGAGGUGGUCCGCAGCCAGCUGCACUCUGCCGGGGACGGCUUCCGCUUGCUCUGGUUCCAGAGGGUGUGCUCUGCUGUGGAGGGGGUGAUUCAGGGAGUCCUUAAGUGCAGCCUAACUAACACUGGCAUGGGGGAAAGCACUGGAGCUGACGGAAUGGAUACUGCGUCUCCGAUUGGCAAAUCGACAAACGACCACGGUGAGAACGCCAGCCGCCUUGCCUCCAGUGACUGCAGCCCACAGAGCAAGGACACCCCAGGAACCAAGAGACGCCUGCUGUCCUCUGAGAGCAGCGGUGACUCAGUGUCCCCGCAGGGCAAGAGGCCCAGGUUGGACAGUUACAUCGGGUCCCAGCCUGGUUCUCCACACUGGACCUACAUCCAGAGGCACAGGGUGUGGGCGGGCCGACGGAAGGUCAGGAGGGAGCUGCUUAAAGGGGGAAUGGACAUGGACUCCAGGCCAGAGGGCAGCAGUGUGGAGCUGGAGACCCAGGUGACCAAGCACAUUGUGGACAAGGAGCCAGAGGACAAGGAGCCGCUGGAGUUCCAGGUUCAGGCCCAGGUGGUGGGCGGCACAGAGAGCACCAAGGCCGUGAUCAAGUUUCGACCCUCUGCCGAUGGUGCCGGACUGUUCCAGGACUUCUUUCACUUCCUGGAGAUGUUCCUGCCCAAGAUGGCCGACACACUGAUGGGGAAGACUGGGUAGAUGAUGUCAGAUGACGUCAGACUGUUUUGUAAAAGGGUUGUGUGGGUUCUGAUAAUCAUCACUUCAUUUUUUCUUCUGAAUAGUGGAAGAGUGGUUGAAACUGGCCACUUUGCACUAUUUUCAUAUUAUGGGAGAUUUUUUGUUGUUGAUUAAACUAAAGGAGUUGUCUCUUCCGAAAACGGAUCUGACCAAGAUGGCUCUGAAGUGUUAUGAAAGAGCUUGAGUAAUGGCUUUGAUAAAGCCAUGAAAAUAUUGUGAAAAUUGAUUGUGCGCUGUCAUGCUAUUAAGUAAGGUAUGUUCUACUUGUUUUAGAUUAGGGUUGGCAAGUGCCCUGCAGCAAUGCACUCAUUUGUAUUGUUUCAGUGAUUUGUUUAGUUUGACAUCUUUUUUUAUUGGGGGGGGGGUUUGAAGGAAAUUAAAGGCUAUUGAAUACUGUUCUCAACAGUUGGAAUUAAAUGAAAAACAUUUUAUCAUGCGAUGGGACAACUUUCUUCUUUUUUUGCUCUUUGUCUUGGUGCCGUUGUGCCACAUAAUCUAUCCAGUUUAACUAUUGGACAAGCUCCCAUGUCCAUAAAUCACAAUGGUAGGCUGUCUACCUAAGGUCUCCAGGGGGACUUGCCUGUUUAUGAUGUUACACAGGUCAUAAUUACAUGGUGCAUGCAUCAUUGACCCUCUAUCCACCAUUGAAACAGCCUGGCAGACACAGGUCUAUGCCAGGGGAAGUGUGUUUACUGGAUGCCUGGUCCAGAUUACCCUCUGCUCAUACGACUGAGACCAACAACUGCAAUUGCUCAGGCAGAUAGCCUAGGUAAUAAAGCAGCAUAUCUGCCG